GCCGCCAGCCCGGCCCAUUGGAGCCCAGACGAGCAGAGCCGAGCCGUGCCGGGCCGUACCGGGCGGCGGGGGAAGGAGGGGGGGGGGGCUCCGCGCCUUCCCGCUUGGCACGGCACGGCACGGGAGCGCGGCGAGCGGCUGGCACGGGCUAAAGUUAUCCCGGAAUAAGGGCCGCACGCAUGUGCUGUCACCCCGGAUGUGAACAUGCCGGCACGGCUCCCCGCUAGCUCGCUCCGCCCGGCUCUAGCGGAUGGGCCGAGCCGUGCCGAGCCGAGCCGAGCCGUGCCAAGCCGUGCCAGGGGCGCCGGCGGCCGCGCCUAGCCCGUGAGGGGCCGGGGGGCGGAGUGGGGGGCCGGGGGGGGACACAGAGCCCCCGGGCGGCCGUGAGGGACGGGGCGCGAGAGGCUCCUGCGGCCGGGGGGCCGGCCCCGGCCCCCCCCGGAGCCCCUCGGCCCGCGGGCCCGGGGGUCUGGGUCCCGGGGGGGCCAGGCCCGGAGCCCCCGGGCCCCGCUCGCCCCCGCCGCCCGCGGGCCGCGGGAGGGAUGGAUUUUCGGGGGAAGAAGUACGAGCGGGGCAGCAACUGGUCGGACCCCGAGGUGGUGGAGCUGCUGCAGCUGUGGGCCGACGAGUCGGUGCAGAUGGAGCUGGAGAGCUGCCUGAGGAACCAGCACGUCUUCAACCGCAUCGCCGAGGUGCUGCGGGAGAAGGGCAUCCACCGCACGGGCGACCAGUGCCGCGAGAAGAUCAAGAAGAUGAAGCUGGAGUACCGGCGGAUCAAGGACAACAGCAAGGCCCCGCGGGGCGGCCGGACCUGGAAGUUCUACGACGUGAUGGACCGCGUGCUCAACAGCCGCCCCGCGCUGGCCUACGGCCCGCUGAGCGGCAGCAUGAUGGCCCAGCAGGUGCUGCAGGGCACCAUGGUGGAGAGCUACCACCACCAGUUCGCCGCCUCCGCCCUGCCCUUUGGGCACGCGCAGCACCCCGAACUGAUGGAAAUCAAAUGUGAGGAGGUGAACUCUGAUGAGCACUGCUUGACCCCCGAGCCCCCACCAGCCAUGUCUUACCAGCAGGGCUCCCCCGAAGAACAUGAGAUGGAGAGAGCCUUCUUGGAGAGGGCCCAGAACGACUCUCCCAUCUCCAGGGUGGAGGUUCCCAUUGAAACCAGUGUUUCACCUUCAGGUUUCAGUGAGUCCAACAUGGCCAGCUCGUCACGGAUGCAGAACGUGGUUCCCCGGCCUGGCUUCUCCGCCUUGCAUCGCCUGAGAAAAAAGCGGAAAGGCCAGCGGGUGAAGGACCCUCUUGACGAUCUCCUGCUGAAGACCCUGACGUCUCAGCGGGCCAUGGAAGAGCGCUUCUUGCAGAUGGAGGAGCGCCGAUUUCAGCGAGACUUGGACGUGGAGGAGCGCCGGAUGCAGCUGGAGCAGCGGCGCUUCGAACUGGAGCGGGAGCACGAGUUCCGCAUGUUCAACGUUUUCGCCCAGAUGCUCAGCAUCCUGAAGCAGAGCCACAGCGGCUCCUCCUCUUCCGUCGCAAUGCCUCGGGGCUUGGACUUCAGCCAGGCGCUGUCCGAAAUCACCGGCCUCAGAGGAGGAGGAGGAGGCGACCUGCAAGAGCUGCGGGCUCGACCGCUGGCUGAGAGGAGGGUUGACAUGCACGGUUUCUGCCACCAGGGUGACUUCCAGAAGAGCCCCUACCUCUCCGCUCGGGGCAACAUCGCCAACAUUUUCCGGGGCUCCACUGAGGAAGGGUACAAAGCUUAUCACGCUGACAAGUACGAUGAAGACAAGAACCCCAAUGGUAUAAUUAAUUUUGGCACCAGUGAGAAUAAACUCUGCUUUGACCUGAUGUCUAAACGGCUAAAAGAACAGCUGACGCAGACUGAUAUGAACCUCAUGGAGCCUCCACUGCUUCAGUAUCCUGACUGGAAGGGACAUAUGUUUUUACGGGAGGAAGUGGCUCGAUUUUUGACCUAUUACUGCAAGGCCCCUGCACCUCUUAAGGCAGAAAAUGUGAUUGUUCUGAAUGGUUGUGGCUCUUUGUUUUCUGCGUUAGCUACAGUCCUUUGUGAUCCAGGAGAGGCUGUUCUGAUUGCUACUCCUUUUUAUGGUGGUAUCACCCAGAGCGUCUUUCUGUAUGGCAAUGUCAAGCUGGUGUACGCCUAUUUAGACAGUAAGAUUACUGGAACAAGCACUCGGCCUUUUCAGCUUACAGUGGAAAAACUGGAAAAAGCCUUGCAGGAUGCCCGUGCAGAGGGUAUCACUGUAAGGGCCUUAAUUCUACUGAAUCCCCAAAAUCCCCUUGGGGACAUCUAUUCCUUGUCAGAAUUACGGGAUUACCUGGAAUUUGCUAAAAGACAUGAAUUGCAUGUGAUAGUAGAUGAGAUCUACAUGCUGUCAGUUUUUGAUGAAUCAGCCACGUUUCACAGUGUCCUAGGCAUGGACAGAUUGCCUGAUCCACAGAGGACCCAUGUGAUGUGGGGAAUAAGCAAGGAUUUUGCUGUCUCUGGGAUUCGCUUUGGUACUUUGUACACAGAGAACCAAGAUGUCGCUAAUGCGGUGGCUUCUUUGUGCUACUUCCACGGGGUCUGUGGACCUGUCCAGCACAAGGUUGCACAGCUGCUUAGAGACAGAGACUGGAUCAACCAGGUGUACCUGAGGGCCAACCAUGCCCGCCUAAAAGCUGCCCAUACAUAUGUGACAGAUGAGCUGAAGACACUUGGGGUUCCUUUUCUCAACCGCAACGCAGGCUUCUUUGUCUGGAUUGAUUUCAGAAAGUACCUUAGGACGGGAACAUUUGAGGAGGAGAUGCUGCUCUGGAGGCGUUUUCUCGAUAACAAGGUCCUCCUGUCCUGCGGCAAAGCCUUUGAGUGCAGUGAACCUGGAUGGUUCCGCAUCAUUUUUGCUGACAAGACCCACCGACUACAGCUGGGUAUGCAGCGGAUCCGCAAGGUUUUGGAAGAGCGAGAGCAGGAGAUACUGGCUGAGGAAAAGGAGCAGCCUUGUCAGUCAGAUCAGGAUGGCAAAGCAGAUAGCACAGAUGAAGUAAUUUUUGUAUCCCGCCACCAGGAACCUACCUGUUCUGGUAGCUCCAACCUCGGUGACCUCAUUGGCCUCCUGCAGCAGCAGAUGCGUUCAUCUGACUGGCUACAGAAAAAUACAGCAGAGCAGUUUGCACAGGAAAAGCCAGAAAUCUACGAUGUGUUCAGUAAACUGGUGGGGAAACAGUAGGGGUCAGUGUGCCUUCAGGGGUGUUCCUGAGCACCGAGUGACUGGCCCUGGGCCCCUAACAGCUCAGCAUUGACUUCCAGCAAAUAAUAUAUUUUCUGUAUAGCAAGAAAAUCACUUUGUAAAACCCCUCCUCAACCCCCUGUUGGAGAUCUCUGGUUUGUAUUAUAUAGGUGCUUUCCUCGGAUUGGGGUGAGGGUAAGGAAUGAUGGGGGUCUUGUUUACCUGCUACCCCUCGUCCUGCUGCAUCACUGUAUUUUGUAUUUCAUUUCUAAUGAAUAUGCUCUUAACUCUC